UACAUGAAGGUCUUCCCCGGUUAAGCUCAGCUUUGACCAAAGCGGCAAAACCCCUCCGUGACAUCAUCACCGUUGACAAUUUCAAUUGUGGUCCUCUUAGUAUCCUCUGAUUCUCCCUUUCUGAGAAAUUUCAGACACAACAGAACAUAUAAAACCAAGAAUCUAUCUUUCGCAUUUGUAUACUUUCGAAAUGGAAAAAGCUUCCAAAAACAACUCUACGAAACUCUCGAAUAUGCUUCAAAAAGCGUUAUCAAUUGGUCACAGUGCGGCGCCGUUUAGUCCGUCAAGAGAUCUCCGUCACUACCGUACGACUUCGACGGCGAACAGAGGAUUAUUCUUCUCCAGUCCGAUAAGACCGUUACUUCCAACGGCGGCUAGAGUUAAGAGGAGAAUCAAAAACGAGGUCGUUUACGCCGAACCCACUUCGCCUAAAGUCUCUUGCAUCGGUCAGAUCAAACUCUCAAAGCCCAAAUGUCCGGACAAGAAAAACAGAGCAGCACUCAAGAAUCUCGAAACGGCGUCGUCUUCUCUUAUUAAAGAAGAAGGCAAAGGAAGCUUUUCGAAACUAAAGCGUUUCUUCUCAACGGGAAGGAAUCCGUCGAGAAAAUCCAACUCCAUCGACUUCGCCGUCGAGAGCGAACAUCCGGUCGCGGCGGUGGAAGCGGUUGCGGCGCCCUCGUUGGGUAAAAUGAAGAAAUUCGCGACAAGCAGAGAAUCUCUUGGUGGAUUCGAUUGGACGGUCGAGAUGAAACGUGACGAAUCGCAGUCGGAUCAUCGCCGAGGUUACUUCUCCGAUGAAGAAGAAGAGAAUAUAAUGAUUCCAAGCUCUGUAAGCAUUCCUCUGACUCACCAAGAGGGUCUGCGUCUGAGUCCUAAACCGAAGAGUGAAGUUAAUUUGUGGAAGAGAAGAACCAUGGAUCGACCAAAACCACUUAAAGUUAAAACUACUUAUUGAAAUUUUCUCCGUAAUUAUUUCUAUGUAUAUUUGUUUUUUAUAUCGGAAUUUCGUUUCUACGUAC